AUGAGAGGGUUCGGUUUCGUCGUUGUUGUCGCAAUCUACGUGGUGGAAUCGAAUCGUUACGCGGAGCAGUUGUACGAGGACUUGCUGUACUAUUACAACAAAAACGUUCGACCGGUGAAGAAUGCGAGUGAGAGUAUAAAAGUGAAAUUCGGCGCUUCACUCAUUCGCAUUAUUGACGUGGAUGAAGUCAACCAAGUACUGACGACGAAUUUAUGGCUGGAAAUGCAGUGGUUUGACUACAAACUCUCCUGGGAUCCAACACGCUGGGGUGGAAUAAAGAAGCUGCAUAUACCAUCGGAUCAGAUUUGGAUCCCGGACAUACUUCUGUACAACAAUGCGGAUGGGGAACCUCACAUCACUAUAAUGAGCGAUGCACUUGUCUACCACAACGGUCUUAUAGUUUGGAAGCCACCGAGCAUCUAUAAAUCAUUUUGUCCUAUAAAUAUCGAAUACUUUCCUUACGAUUCCCAGUCUUGUUCGCUCAAAUUCGGUGGAUGGAGUUACAACGGUUUUCUCCUUGAUGUACGCCAGUUGCCGAGAUUAUGUCGGAAGGUCGCUAUUCGAUCUUACAUCUUGUUCACAACGAGUUUCAGAAGCCUUGAGUGGGACCUCAUGUCUUUAACUUCUCAGCGCCACGAACAACUGUACCCAGGUUGUUGCGGACAAGACUUCUACAUUGACGUCACGUUCGACAUCGCUUUAAGAAGGAAAACUUUAUUCUACACGGUCAACUUGGUUAUUCCAUGCAUGCUUAUAGCUAUUCUGACGACCUUUGUAUUCUACAUUCCACCUAUUGAACACAAAAUGACCUUCUCAAUUUCGAUACUGGUAUCGCUCACAGUUUUCUACCUGGUUUUGAUCGAACUGAUCCCACCUACGUCUCUUGUAAUUCCCCUCAUCGGCAGAUACCUUCUGUUCACGAUGUUUCUGGUCGCCAUGUCGAUUUUGCUAUCAGUGCUCUCCCUAAAUUACUACAGACGAGAUGGAUCUGCACAUCCAAUGCCUCACUGGAUGCAAGCAGUGUUCAUAGAAACUUUUCCAAAAUACAUUGGCAUUAAAAAAGCGGAAGAGGAUGAGGUUAGCGACCGCGGAAGCAGCACGUCGGCCGUUCCGCCCUCGAUCGAAGAUGGGCAAAAACUGUCGCAGCUCGCCCAUCUUCGAGGAAUGCACCCCGAUUUAAUUAGAAGGAUGAUCGACAAUGUUUCGUUUAUUGCAGAUCAUUUCAAAGCGAUGAAAAAGGAAGACAAGAUAUCUUCCGACUGGUCAUAUGUAGCAAAUGUUAUCGACAGGUUGGUACUCAUCGUAUUCACCUUCGUUAACGUCGUCGGAACAGUUCUCAUCAUCCAAAAUUCGCCUAUGUUGUUUGAUCAAACUGAGCCAAUGAAAAUUGUGAGUUCUUCACUUGGCACCUCAUUGGAACAUGUUGCAUUUUUCUGUAAACAUUUUUUUCUGCUCAAGCUGCAAUACCAAACAAGGCGCUUCUAUCAUUUUUUAGCGUAA